UAGGGACGAGGAGGCUUCGACGGAGAUGGCUCCGAAGAAGUUGCGGAUUCGUGGGGAAGCGCAGGUUCCCGAUGAGAGUAAGGAACCUGCUACGGAGGAUGAGAAGUGGCUCCUUGUCCCAGGAAAGAUAGAGAAUUUCACAUACACGGGGAAGAAUGUCCGCGUGCCAGGGAGUCUGAUUGGAGCUGCUAUUAGGAAGUACUGGCCGGGGAUGUACACUCCGGUCCUUGGGGGCGAGUCCAAGCUAGCCUACACUUGGGAAGACUAUGAGAUAGCGCCUUACCCUGGCUUUGCUUCCGCCGCCGACGCCGUGAUCAAGAAGUUUUGGCGCAACUACAGGGUGGCGACUGAGCAUAAGGAUAGGGCGGACGUGGUGCUCCGUAACAUGUGUCGGAAGUUGACACGGCAGCAGUGGUACAACCAGAGGAUCACGUGCAUCGGCCACUUCUAUGCUGAGCAGGGCGUAAGGUACACAAAGCCUGAGAUUGUGCAGGGACUCGCCCCGGCUAUGACGAUAGAUGACUUCAUGUCGGUUGUACCACAUUGGGCUGAUAAUAAUAAGAGGGCCGCCUUCAUGGAGUUGGUCAAGAAUUGGGUCGGCGAAAACCCCGAUUUCAAGGCCGUGAGCGACCGGAACAAGGCCAACCGUGGUUCUCAGGGAACACACACUGCGGGGAGCAGCGAGCACCGAUCGCUAUCGGGAGCGUCCGCACCGACGGCAAAAUCGUCGCCUGCCGUGGAUCUCUACCACGUGCGCGCGCCGGGCUCCUACUCUCGGUCCCGUCAAGCAGCUCGCAUCCAGGGCCAAUGCCGGCCCUCCGUCGCCCUCUUGUCUCUCCCGGCCAUCCACAGCUCCACUGCCACCCACCCGGAGGGCGCCGACCUCCGCAAGCCCCCGGAGGUCUUCUUCGUCCUCUGCGAUGACUGGUUCUUGCCUUCUUGGACGCCAGUAAUUGAGGGAUUUUCUGUCUGA